GACUGGCAGGGUGCGGUCUGAAGUGGCAACAGAUCGUUUUGAAUCACUCGUAUCCCUUCCAUUCAACUGGAAAGCUGCAGCUUGUUGCGUGCCCCGCUCGCAUAUGUGGAAGGAGCAGCUUUGGAUCCAAGCAGAGCGAGAGAGCGAGAGCGCGAGCGAGAGCGAGGGAACAGCAACCAGAGAGCAGGAGAAAGUGGCUGAUGUGACAGUUUCCCAGAGAGGAAGAAAAGAGAGGGAGAGAAACCACAACAUUGCAAGUUGGAUAUUAGUGACCGCUCUCUCUCUCUCUCCCUCUCACUCUCCAGCUCUCUCACCCACUAAAUCGACUUUGAACCUGUUUGUUUAAAUACACCUACUUUACAGCCUGCACACUUACUGUUGAUUCUGCAAGGCGGAGGGAGCGAAGUUUAUUCACCAUUUGGGUCUUUUUUUCUUCUUCUCCUGAGCUAAUAAAAAAACUAUUUUUGGGUGUCCUUAUGGUGUCCUUCGUCGCCGAGGUGAUGAGCUUCUUCUUCGGAUUUUCGGACGUGAUGUGGCGACAGUCACGGACGAUGGAGUCGGGGACUGAACCGGGGAGACGCUGAAGACAUCUCUCCCCAGGAGAGCUCUCUCUCCCUCCCUCCCUCCCCCCUGAGGCGAUGCGGAUCCCCUUCCUUCCUCUCACCGCCGCCUCUCUGUGUGCCUUGGUCCUCCUCCUCCUCCUCGCACCUGCCUCGGAGGGCUGCGGGCCGGGGAGGGGGUACGGCAAGAGGCGGCUCCCGAAGAAGCUCACGCCGCUCGCCUACAAGCAAUUCAGCCCCAACGUGGCCGAGAAGACGCUGGGAGCCAGCGGGAGACCCGAGGGCAAGAUCACGCGCAACUCCGAGCGCUUUAAAGAGCUGACGCCGAAUUACAACACAGAUAUUAUCUUCAAGGAUGAGGAGGACACGGGCGCAGACAGACUCAUGACCCAGCGUUGCAAAGACAAGUUGAACUCUCUGGCCAUCUCGGUGAUGAACAUGUGGCCCGGUGUGAAGCUGAGAGUGACCGAGGGCUGGGACGAGGACGGCCAUCACUCUGAGGACUCGCUGCACUAUGAGGGCCGCGCCGUCGACAUCACCACAUCAGACAGGGACAGAAAUAAAUAUGCCAUGUUGGCACGGCUGGCAGUAGAAGCAGGAUUCGACUGGGUCUACUAUGAGUCCAAAGCCCACAUUCACUGCAGCGUCAAGUCAGAACAUUCUGUGGCAGCCAAAACUGGUGGCUGUUUCCCUGGCGAAGCUCAGGUUGUCCUUGAGGGUGGCGCUACCAAACAUAUGCGUGAUCUUCACCCUGGUGACCGCGUCCUGGCUUCCUCAACAACGGACAGCGAUGGUCCUCUUCUCUACAGCACCGUUAUAUCCUUUCUGGACCGCCGGCCCAAUGCCACAAAGGUCUUCUACGUCAUUGGCACCGACACAGGACUUAAUAUCACACUCACAGCUGCUCACCUGAUCUUUGUCACUGACUGCACUAGUGGGCAGGGUGAGUCGGGCUGGGAAGAGACAAUGACAGAGCCAAUGUUGGACUCUACAGUGAGGGGCCGUAUUGGCUCUGAAGCUCGCCUGAAAUCAGUUUUUGCCAGCGAGGUCCGUCCAGGACAGUGCGUACUUGCUCCACAAGGCAAGGUGGGUUUACAGGCAGCAUUUUCCACUGUGACCUUUGUGGAGGAGCAGAUGAACGGCGGUCUGUAUGCUCCACUCACCCAGCACGGGUCUAUAGUCGUGAAUGGUGUGCUGGCAUCCUGCUAUGCUGCUGUGGACAACCACCACUUGGCUCACUGGGCCCUGGCCCCGCUUAGAUACUUCUACAGCCUGACAGGGCCCUCAGAACUGCAGACUGACGGGCUGCACUGGUAUCCUCGGCUCCUGCAGAAGUUGGGGCAAAUGCUGCUGAAUGCUGGACACUUCCACCCGUGGGGGAUGGAGCAAGGACAUAGUUAGAGACAAAGACGUGUUUCACACUGAUUACUUUGCUCUGUUUGUUGCUUACAGGAGCAGCAAAGCACAACUGUCUCUCAGAACAAGGAAGCUAUUAAGGGACGACUGAUGUUAUAGUCUAAAUGCAUUUUAAUUGUGCAAGAGAGUGAGACAUACUGAGACAAUUUCACUUUAGUCUUAUCAUAGUUUGAAGAAUUAGAAGCAUCUUAGAGUAAUAAUAUACCAACGCCAUUAGAAAUAUGGGCGUACAUAUCACUCCUUUUCAAUCCCUUCACCAGAGAGAUCAAAACUAAAGACUGUGACUUAAAAAACAAUGGCUUUCAUUAAAUUAAAUUAAAUUAAAUUUAAUUAAAUUAAAUUAAAAAAAAAAAAGUAGGUGAAGUACGUUUUCCUCAUUCCUUUGUACUGUACUCACUGUAACUUGUCAUAAUUGUUUGCAUCAAGCUAGGUCAUGUUGUUACAGGUGGAAGAAAUUAAUAUAUGAGGAAAAAGGUGAAGUAUCAUGAAAGAAAGAAAAACACAUUUGUAGACUGAACAUUUGUAGUUGUGUUUGUACAUAGGUAUUUAUGCAGUCAAGUCAUGUUAAGAAGAAAGACUCUAUUGUUGGAAUAAUAAUUACAGUGAAUCCGCUGAUUCUUUAGUCUUAAGAGCCGAUACUGUAUAUUUGAAUUAACUGACAAAUGAUUAUUUUACUGGAGAAACCUCUGAAGCGUCAGUCACGUUCUGUGUAAUUACUGAAUGCAGUGUAUCAAUAUGCUGGUGUUGCACUGUAGUUUCAUAUCUGAAAAUGGCCUAGUUGGAAAUAAUCUGACGGACAGGGAAUGGCGAUAGACACAACAAUUGUAUUGCAGUGUUUUUGGUUCAACUUUAAAAGGAAUUGUGAAGUAUUAAUGUUGAAAAAAAUGUGCUGUGGUGUGGUCACCUUGCUCUUCCAAGGGUGACAUCUGCUUUCAUUCCACUCGAUCGUCUCAGAUGGAUUCAUAUGGUUCAUUUAUGCGUCUUUUUUUUUUUUACUGUUAAUCGGGUAUUUUGUGACAUGUUUAUCAUUGUUUCAGGUUUUCAGGUAGUUAAGGCAUACGCAAUACUCAGGCUGUAUUCAACUACUGUAUUAAGCAACAUCUAUGCAUCUAGAUAAAUAACGAUAAUCUUCAAUAUUGAAUAGUAAGUUAGUUUGAUGGCUUACCGUUAUAUUAUUCCUUUUCUUAUAUUCCAUCAUCCAAGACCUAGACUGGAAAAGGUACAGAAAAAUCAGAUUUUGAACAUUAUUAGAACAAAUCUUGUGACAUGUGGCUGAAAGAAAAAUAACAAAAACAAACACGUAGCGUAUAUUGUCCCACGUGUCCCGGCAGAAAACACUUGCUGAGCAACAAUGCAAACAUUUAGGAUCUGCAAGGAUUUCUUCUACUACUUCUGCUCAAAGAUUUGUUAAAUAUGUAUAUUAAGCGGUUGUUGGAGAGAAUAUUUAAAGAUAUAUUUUUUAGAAAAUAAUGUAAACUACUUUUUUUUUCUCUCUCUCUGUGCAUACGAGUUGUAUUUGAAUUGAAAUAUAAAGUUGUUGUUUAUAAAACAAG